UCAAUCGUCAUGUUAAUUAUAUUUUUUAACAGUUUCAUACAGUGAUCCUUUGGCUGCGGUUUUAAAGUGACAUUUAUCAUAUUGAUUCCAUCAGUACUUAAUAUUCGUUACUUUUAAAUUCAAGAACAGUUGAAUAUCACUACUAUGGCACCAGUAACAGAAGCUGUGCUGACUGUCUCAUUCGGCGAGGGCCCGCAUUGGGACGUAGAUGAACAAGUCCUGUACUUUGCCGACUUCACCAACAACACAAUCAACAAAUACAACCCGGCGACCAGGGAAAGAACCUGUUCAGAGUUUGAUGAUCACGUAUCAUUUAUCAUACCGAUCGAAGGCAAGAAGCAUCACUUCCUCGGCGGGAUGAAACGGAACAUCGUCGAAAUAGAAUGGAACGGUGAGAACGACACCGCGAGAAUCGUUAGAAUUGUGGCGCAAGUUGACAAAGACAAGCCAAUCAAUCUGUUUAAUGACGGCAAAGCAGACCCUAGAGGACGAUUGUACGCUGGUACAUUUGGUUAUAAUAAAAGUGGGUCAAUGACAACUGAGAGUUUUGUUCGUGAGAACGGCUCAUUAUACCGUUUGGAUGAGGAUGGUCAGAUUCAUAAGUUGGAUGAUAAGAUCACCAUAGCGAAUGGUCUGGCGUGGGAUAUUGAGAGAAAAUACUUUUAUUACGUAGACUCUGUGGAUGGGAUUCGAAGAUAUGAUUAUGACAUCGAAACUGGAAAUAUAUCAAACUGCCAAAAAAUUUUUAUCCCAGCGGAACACGGGCUUAAAGGAUCUUGUGAUGGUAUGACCAUAGACACGGACGGUAAUCUAUGGGUGGCUUUAUUUGAAGCAAGCAAGGUUAUAAAAGUUGAAGGUGAAACGGGAAAAUUGCUCCAAAAAGUCACUAUACCUACGAACGAAGUUACGUCGGUUGCGUUUGGUGGACCGAACUUGGAUAUCCUUUAUGUGACGUCAUUCAACACUCGGUGCAAGAAGACCGAAGUUGUGUGGGGCGCGGCCUUGUACGAGGUCACAGGCCUCGGUGUAAGGGGACAUCCACCUUCCAAAGUUAAAAUAAAUUAA